AUGAUAAGAAAAGCAAAGCCAAUGCGUCCAGUUCAUCAAAUCAAUUUAUCAUUACCAAUUGUUCAAACUAAUGCAUAUGAAAUUUAUUAUACAAUACCUCCAUCGCAUGCUCAAAAAUCACCAACGGUACGUUCAAUAACACGUCAAAAACCGUCUAGUGAUAAUAAUACUACUAUUACGAAUAUUAGUAACAACAACAACAACAACAACAACAAUAAUAAUAAUAAUAAUAAGUCGAAUAAUCAGACAACAAGAAUUCAAUCUUCAAGUCGUCUUAAACAUCUUACUGAUCCGGUACUAGUUAGUUUAAUUGUUGAAAUGCCUCCAAUACCUACAGAUUCAACAUCGACAAUAGCUGAUGCUAUAUCACAUGCAUUGAUUAAUUCUGGUUAUUCUGGACAAACAUUACGUGCUUUACCAACCAUAGCAAAACAAAAUAAAUCUUCAAAUACGAAAAAUGAUGAUGCACGAUCUCAAACAUCAUCUGGUGAUAGAAUUUUAUAUGAAUCAGUUGUAUCAUUUGAAAAAGUUCGUAUAAAUAAAACUAAAAAAAAUCCUCGUCCAAGUGUUCAUUAUCCUAAAUUUACAACAGUUAAAGUUUUACAAACACGAAGAACAGCAAAACGUAUAUUUGAUUCUAAUAAUAUGCAUUUAAAAUUACCAAAUGUAACCUCAUUAGAAAAUCUCUUACACCAAUCACUUAUAUCAUCUCGUCAACGUCUUCAUGAACAAGUUGAACAAUUAACAAAAAGUUAUUUUCCAACAAUACAACAACUUCGUCGUGGUCAUCCAUGUUCUGAAUUAAAGAAUAAUCGAAUGCAUUUACAUCGUGAAGAAAAACGAAAUUUUGCUCCUAUGCUUUCUCAUUCACGUGUAGUUCGAUAA